UUCUUAACUAAUAAAUAAAUAAAUAAAAUUUCUUUUAUCAAUAAGGAAACAGCAGGAAACAAUGGCCUCAAUCACCAGAAAUACCUUUGCAUUGGCUCUUCUCUGCUUCCUCCUAAUCCACCAGCUAGAGAUAUAUGGCAUGGUUGAGGCUGAGCAGAUAGACUGCCAGAAAAAGUGCGAGUAUAGGUGCAGCAAAUCAUGGAAGCAGAAGAUGUGCUUGAGAGCAUGCAACACUUGCUGCCAGAGGUGUAAUUGUGUUCCUGAUGGCCCUACGGCAAGCCGGGACGCCUGCUCUUGCUACGCCAAAAUGACAACUCAUGGUGGAAGGCUCAAGUGCCCUUAAUUUCCUUUCUUUAUGUCAGUGUAUGAGUAUGUACAUGCAAGCCUACCCUAAUUACUUGACCCUUGUUUAUUUCUCUGUAUAGCAGAAUUUGAAGCAGGUCAUGCUUGUAUACAGCCUAUAUAGUUUCUCUCUGUAAUCAUAUUAUCGCUUUUCUGGUUAUAUUUUGUUUCUCUGUGAUGCAAACUGAGAUCUGUAACAUUUCUUGUGCAUGUAAAUUCAAAUAUCAUUGAUUCUUUUAUUUUUA